UGCAACACAACACACUACUACAACAAAAUUAUUAAGGCAAAAUAUUUUAAGCACAAAAAAAUAAACAGAGAAGCCAUGUCUGGCCAGAGAAGCUCAAGAGAUUCAAAGUUUUCAGAAAAACAGAUUAAUGAACUUGUGUCAAGGUUACAACUAUUACUGCCUCAGUUGAAUAACCAAAGAAACAACUCAAUGCAAUCAGCGUCCAAGAUCUUGCAGGAAACUUUGAAUCACAUUAGGAGGCUUCAGAAAGAGGUGGAAGAAAUCAGUGAGAAGCUAACACAAUUAAUGGAUUCUGUUGAUAUCAAUGACAUUGACAGAAGAACUUUAGAGAACUUUUUGCAAUAUUAAUAAUUAAAUUACUCUUUUUUCUUUCUAGACUCUAUUCCCUAUCUAUGUUUCUUCUCCUUCUCUAGAUUGUGAUUGGCCAAUAAUAUCACUUUAUUGUGCAAUAAUAAUAUAUAUUUAUAUUCUCUCAUUUCUAUAAAAAG